GGGGGUGCUGGACUCAGGGUGAGGCGCGGGCACUGGCGCAGAGAACGGGAGAGGGUGCUCGGAGCAAAGUGCAUGGCGUGGGCAAAGGCGUGGUGGCGAGGACGCCUGGGUGCAGCGUCUCAAGGUGGGCCUUUGUUCCGAGGCGCCCAGAGGCUCUGCUGCACCUGCACUAUAAUUGGAGCCUGCUGGGGAGCACGGCGGGGGUGGAUCGGAAGAGGAAGGGUUCUGUCCCUACGGAUUGAGGCGCAGGUUUCUGCCCCCGUUGCCCGGGCACGGAUUUGAAGUCCUUUAGGUGCUGGGUGAAAAAAGACGGUGAAGGGUGCUUGCGGCAGAGGUAACGAUGGCGGCGGCGGAGGCGGUGCACCACAUUCACCUGCAGAACUUCUCCCGAUCCCUGCUUGAGACCCUCAACGGGCAGCGGCUGGGUGGGCACUUCUGUGACGUGACUGUGCGCAUCCGCGAGGCUUCACUGCGUGCACACCGCUGCGUGUUGGCCGCCGGCUCUCCCUUCUUCCAGGACAAAUUGCUGCUCGGCCACUCUGAGAUCCGCGUGCCGCCUGUGGUGCCCGCGCAGACGGUGCGCCAGCUCGUCGAGUUCCUCUACAGCGGCUCGCUCGUGGUGGCGCAGGGUGAAGCGCUGCAGGUGCUCACGGCCGCGUCGGUGCUGCGCAUCCAGACGGUCAUAGACGAAUGCACGCAAAUCAUAGCCCGCGCCCGCGGCCCUGCCCCGGGCACCCCCGCGCCCGCGCCCCUGCCCACGCCCGUGCCCCCGCCGCUCGCGCCCGCGCAGCUGCGCCACCGCCUGCGCCACUUGCUGACCGCGCGCCCCCCGGGCCACCCUGGUGCCGCGCACACACGCAAGCAGCGCCAGCCCGCGCGCCUGCAGCUGCCCGCGCCCCCCGCGCCUGCCAAGGUGGAGGGAUCGGAUGCCGACCCUGCCCUGACCGCUGCCCCAGACGACGGCGGGGACGACGACGACGACGAGACCGAUGAGGAGACCGACGGCGAGGAUGGCGAAGGCGGCGGCCCGGGUGAGGGCCAGGCGCCCCCUUCUUUCCCCGACUGCGCAGCCGGCUUCCUACCCGCGGCCGCGGACGGCGCGCGCGAGGAGCCGCCUGCGCCCGCCGGCCUCUCCGAUUACGGCGGCGCCGGGAGGGACUUCCUCCGGGGGGCUUCGGCUGCCGAGGACGUGUUCCCCGACAGCUACGUCUCCGCUUGGCAAGACGGAGAUCAAACCGCCCCUGAAGGCUGUCCCGCCGAGACCCCUGCCCCACCCGACUGUGUCCUAUCCGGACCCCGCCCACCUGGCGUGAAGACCCCCGGGCCGCCCGUCGCGCUUUUCCCCUUUCAUCUGGGCGCUCCCGGGCCGCCAGCGCCACCCCCUCCCGCGCCCUCGGGGCCGGCCCCUGCGCCCCCACCCGCCUUCUACCCAGCGCUCCAGCCGGACGCAGCUCCCAGCGCGCCUCUAGGGGAGGCCCCGGCCCCACCGGCCGCUCCCAGCGCAGCCCCCUCGACAACCCCUGCGCGCGCCCCGGGUGCCGAGCCGCCCGCCUAUGAGUGCAGUCACUGCCACAAGACGUUCAGCUCCCGGAAGAACUACACCAAGCACAUGUUCAUCCACUCGGGGGAGAAGCCCCACCAGUGCGCCGUGUGCUGGCGAUCCUUCUCGCUGCGCGACUACCUGCUCAAGCACAUGGUCACGCACACGGGCGUGCGCGCCUUCCAGUGCGCCGUCUGCGCCAAGCGCUUCACGCAGAAGAGCUCGCUCAACGUGCACAUGCGCACCCACCGGCCGGAGCGCGCGCCGUGCCCCGCCUGCGGCAAGGUCUUCUCGCACCGCGCGCUGCUGGAGCGCCACCUGGCCGCGCACCCUGCGCCCUGAUCCGGGCCUGGGGCCUGGCCACGCCCACCGACGGAUCGGUCAAGCCCCACCGCUGUCACGCCUGCCGCGGCCACUUGACCACGUUCCCGCCACCAGCCCACGCUUUCUCCUGAGAGCAGGCCCUCCUCCUGCUUCCACCCUUCUCUCCAGCCCAGCCCGCCUUAUUCCUCUCCUCCUACGUACUCGGCCCUCCGGGUGGGCGCUGGCUGGGGAUGGUCAGGGACCCGACCACCUCAGAACUGGAUCAUCUCCAGCCUGAACUAGGGCUCAACCAUGGUGCGGGGCCCAGGAUUCAUGGCUCCGACUCUGGUUCACGCCCCUCCCCUCCCAUGAGUGGGGUGGGGUCUGCUCCCCCGCCCCUGUGUCAGGCCGGGAAAUGUCCCCGGCUCCCCGACCCGAGCUAAUCCUCCCUCAUCUGGCGCCUGGGGCGUCUCAGGUGGGCCCAUCAUGGACUGAGGCCUGGUCUUGCGACCCCUGCUCUGUAAUAAAGGACUGUGGGCCGUGGGGCCGAAACUCGGAA